CUUCUUCUUUGGAAGGUCAGCCCGGAAGACUUCGUAAAGCGAUGAUGCUACUGUAAAUCAAGUGGAUUUUCCUGUGUCACAGCAGGAAUGCAUGGUGGAGCCUAUGGGGAGCUCGGGGGCAGCCUCCCCGCCAUCGCCUCCCUGAAUGCUUCCUACUCUACAUCGAUGUCCAUCCCAUCCCCGUACCUGUUGACACCACCUGCAGAGCGCAAGAAGAUCUCUGACGUUCGGCGCACUUUCUGUCUCUUUGUGACCUUCGACCUUCUCUUCAUCUCCCUUCUCUGGAUUAUUGAGCUUAACAUCUCAAACUCACUUUGGGAGAGUUUGGAGAAUGAGGUCCUCCAUUAUAACUUCAAGUUAUCCUUCUUUGACAUUGCUCUUCUUGCCUUGUUUCGUUUCCUGUGUCUUCAAGUGGCCUAUGCUGGUUUUCGGUUGAGGCAUUGGUGGGUUAUUGCGAUUACCACUCUGGUAACAACCAUCUUCCUCGUUGUCAAAGUUAUCAUAUCGAAUAAGCAAAAUGCUUUUGGCUAUGUUCUGCCCAUCACCUCGUUUGUGGUCGCCUGGUUGGAGACCUGGUUCCUUGACUUCAAAGUUCUCCCUCAGGAGGCUGAUGAUGAAAGAGCCUACCUAGCAGCAGUGAAUGCAGCCUGUGAACGAGCCCCUAUUUACUCUCACGCUGUCUCAGAUGGACAGUUCUACUCUCCACCUGAAUCUGUCGCAGACUCUGACGAGGAGCCUGAUGAGGAGGGUCCUGGGCGUAGAGCUAUCACUGCUCAGGAGAAGGAGUAUGUGAGACAGGGUUAUGAGGCAAUGUCUGUGGUGGAACAGAUCCUAGCCCAGGAGGAAAACUGGAAAUUUGAAAAACACAAUGAUAUGGGCGACUCAGUUUACACUCUGGAAGUUCCUUUCCAUGGAAAGACUUUCAUCCUCAAGGCCCUCAUGCAGUGUCCUGCUGAGCUUGUGUAUCAGGAGGUGAUCCUGCAGCCGGAGAAGAUGGUUCAGUGGAACAAAACAGUUUCUGUCUGCCAGAUCCUUCAGAGAGUUGACGACAACACUCUUGUCUCAUAUGACGUAUCUGCUGGAGCAGCAGGGGGAGUUGUGUCUGCGAGGGACUUUGUUAAUGUUCGCCGAGUGGAGCGCAAACGAGACUGUUACCUGUCUGCUGGCAUAGCAACCAACCACGAUGCCAAACCUCCAAGCAAUCGCUAUGUCAGAGGAGAAAAUGGGCCCGGAGGUUUUGUGGUCCUCAAAUCCAGCAGUAACCCAUCCAUCUGCACUUUCAUCUGGGUCCUCAACACAGACUUAAAGGGCCGUCUGCCACGCUACCUCAUCCACCAGAGUCUGGCAGCCACAAUGUUUGAGUUCAUGUCCCAUUUACGUCAACGAAUUAUCGACGUGCGGCCCUCUCAUCGUUCCCACCACCACCAUCACCACCACCACUCUCAAAACUAGAGAGAAGUUUUAAGUGGUCACUUGAAAGGUCACUAGCCAAAAUUGGCCAUCACGGCGUCCGCUGAAUGCUCCCAAGCUGAAGGGAUGCACCUAUGUACCUGACAAGGUUGCAACUUUAAGCAAAGGAGAUAUGAGACAUUUCCCAUGUUCCAGCCACACAAAGUGAGGAGUUAUUCAGAUAUCAAAGACUAAACAUUUUCUAUCAUUUUGGGGAAGUUUAAGCGUAAUCACAAGCGGAAAUGUUUGCGUGGACCUGUAACCGUUUUGCUAUGUUUCUCGCCAUGUAAUGAAAACUGUUUUCUGAGACUUUACAGAAACAAGACUUGGAUAAAAAAGUGAUUCCCAAUGUUGGAAUCUGUGUUACAGAAUAGCUAUUGCAGUAGUAUGACUGAAACAGCUGUCUCUCUGAGCCUUAUCUUUCUGCACACAUUGUUAGUCAUUCAUUUACUGCUUUUCUUUUGUGUGUGUGAGUCUGUCUAUUUUUUUACUGCACUGUCAUGAAUUUGUUUUUCUGGUGCACCUGCCUGCACUUCACAGCCAUAUUUCCACACAAUUUGUUCUACUUUACCACACUGUGAUACAUUACAGGGGCUCUCUGCUCACCACUAGAGGGAGAGACCACUGAUCCACACAGUGAAGCGUUCUUGGUUUGACACCAGCUUCUGUGCCAUAGUGCAACAUUAAAGCUAACAUUUAAUUACUGUAUGUUUUUUUUAAUGCUGCUUUUGUUUUGCACUUUGGGAUCAGCCAGGAGUUCAAACCAGGACUCGGAUCAGCAGGCUGUUAGACAGUUAGUACAAAGAUAAUGUUCAUAGGUUAGGAUGCUGUAUACUAAUGGGGUUUUUUUUUUUGCCAGUAACCUCAAGUGGCCUUGUAAGCUCAACUUAUUUGUCAUGAAAGGUUAUUACUAUACUGCUAUAAUUAGAUUAGGCCCCCUGUGGCCUGAGGUGUGGCACUGAAUGAAGUUUUGUUAAUGUUUUUAAUCAUGGGGAAAAAAAAGAAGACAUCCCCUGCAGCUUAAGUUGUGUAUCAGUGUUAUGAUGUACCUCAGAAGAUCAAUUUUUAGGAUUACAUCUGUAAUCAAAAGAAUUUAAAAGAUAAAGUUGGUUGAAGUUAUUGUGAAGUUGACCUGAAGAGGGCGCUGGUCUUCCCUGAAUUUUUUAUAUUGAUGUAACGGCAAAAUCUUUAAGUAAUAACACUUAGUUGUGUAACUGUGACACCCACAUGACUGUGAGGCAUUACACUUCAUAAGAUUGUGUAUGUAGUCACGCUCAGAAAUCAUUAAGCCCUAAAAAACUAUUAUUAUUAGGAUUAUCUGGAUAAUAAAUCAGGACUCAUUUACGCUACUUACUGUACUGAAGGAAUGUUGGAAGUGAAAAUAAAUAAUGAUAUCAAUAAUUUGGUGCCUUUUAUCAGAGUAGUUUUACAUGCCAGUCUUUUGUUUUACUUUUCCAUUUAUUUCUUGCUGUUAUGUCUGUGCUUUCGUAUCCUCCACAAAGAUUAUUUACAUAAACCCUGCUUAGAAUACUUAACUGUGUUUUUUAUAAUUUUAAAUUGAUUUGUUUAUACAAACAUUUUAAUUUAUGCUCAUCACUACUGAACAAGAAUUUUUACUGAGUCUUAA